AUGUCGCUGGCGGGCUUAAAGAAGCAGUUCAAUAAAGCCAAUCAGUAUAUGAGUGAGAAGAUUGGCGGUGCCAAGGGGACAGAACUUGAUGAUGAAUUUGUGGAAAUGGAAAGGCGAAUUGAUGUCCUAGGGAGAUUGGUGGAUGAUCUUAUCAACAAAACACAUGAAUUCCUUCAGCCAAACCCAGCAUCCCGCGCAAAAAUGUCAACACGCAAUGCAAUUUCCAAAAUCAGAGGCCAGGAGCAGAAGAUUUUGUACCCCCAGCCAGAAGGAACUCUGGGAGACUAUAUGGUCAAACAUGGCACCGACCUGGGGGAGGAUUCAUUGUUUGGAGGCUGUUUAAUAGAGGCAGGGGAGUCAUUUAAACAUCUGGCUGAGAUUAAGUACAAUUUAGAAGACAAUGUGAAGCAAAAUUUCUUGGACCCUCUGAACCAGCUGCAGAACAAAGACCUCAAAGAAGUAAAUCACCACCGGAAAAAAUUAUCAGGCAGACGAUUAGAUUUUGAUUGUAAGAGAAGGAAAAAAGACAAAGGAG